AUGAAGACUCUGAUUGUUCUUGCUCUACUGGUGGCCGCCGUUUCGGCCCUACCGCAAUUCUUAUCGCCUUCUGGCGGCUUUUAUCUUGGCAGUAAUCCCAACACCGGCGGCGGCGGUUCGCAUGGCGGUACUCUCUACGGCGGCUUUGGCGGUAAUCCCUACGCCAUUGGCGGUAAUCCCAACGGCGGCAUUGGCGGUAAUCCCAACGGCGGCUUUGGCGGUAAUCCCUACUGCGGCUUUGACGGUAAUCACUUCCACAUUAAUAGACGACAUCAUGGCGGCGUACCCAUUGGUGCUGCCUCUGCCUCGGCCUCUUCGGCUGCUGGUGAUGGUGGUGGAGCCGCCUCCUCUUCCGCCUCUGCUGCCGGCGGUGGAUUCUACGGAUAA